GAGGAGGAGAUGGACAAGAUCAAGGCGAGAUCGACCUUCGCUGCGCGGGACUGAGCCGCGGGCGCUCACACAUUCCCACGCUCCUCUGCCCGCUGCGAGUGCAGCUCGCAGCUGCGGUCGUCACCCCUUCCUCGAGCUCACUGUUGCGAACGACGUCCGUGCAGCCAACACUUCACGCCAGCGCCACCAAUCGGGCUUGUACAUUACACAGACGCUGCUGGCCAUGUCUCUCCCGCGCGCAAACUACGACCCUCGACGGGUCUGCCUGAACCCCUUCCCCGCCCUCAGCCUGGGCAAGCACCGGCGCACCAUCGGGAUCUACCUCGCCGGCGGUCUCUUUGCGCUGGCGAACUGGACGUUCCUCGACGCGGCGAUCCUCUCCGCGCACGCGCGCGACCCGUGGAACGACGAGCUCGACCCACCCGUGCACGUUGCCUUCGUCGACUGGGUCCCCGGCAUCUGCUCGCUCCUCGGCAUGAUCAUCAUCAACCUCAUCGACAAGGACCGCGUCCGCGGCGAGGAGGGCUUCGGCGACGCCGCUGCGGUCUGGCGCGCGCGUCUCAUUCUGUUCAUUGGGUUCGCGCUCAUGGCGGGCGGUCUUGCGGGCAGCGUGACGGUCCUGGUGCUGAAGUACGCGCUGAAGGACUACCCGGAGCAGUUCCUCUACUACGGCUACGCGAACGUCUCGCAGAACAUCGCGCUCAUGCUAUCCGCUAUCGUCCUGUGGAUAUCUCAAAGUGUCGGCUCCGAGUACGAGUAUAACCUCGCUAUCUAGCGCUGUAACUAUAUAUCUAUCGUGCCUGUCAUCGGUCUACAGAGGCAGACGUGCUUACUGGAAAUCCUGUGUUGCACUGCGUGUAUGCGUACUGACCUCGGUGCUGUAGAGUCGGAUGAACCUCGUGAGGUUUCCUUCGUUCGGGGCCUUGGUGCCUGCCUAACGUAUCCUGGACCUCGGUCAUACGCGCGCUGGCUGAGAGGACGGAUUCGUUGCAUGUCGGUGAGUGGUGGCGAGGCUUGUCGACUGGCGAUAGACGUCUGCGGUCGGUGAGUUGGACCUGAGCGUCGUGUUUACAAUGUUCCACUCAGCGGCCUUGGUGUCGCACAUGGUUUCCCGGACGUCUUCCACAACGUUUGGCCGUCAAAGCUCAUUUUGAGCUGCUUCAUA